AUGGCCAUGGGACUUCAACAGCCGCAACACACCCAGGGCUCGCCGCCCAUCCACUUCCCCGGCGACUUCGUCGAGUACGGCCAGCAAUACGACAACAACAGCGGCAACCACAGCGACCCAUCUAGUUCGCAACAACGUCAAUCUCGCGGCGAGGGUGGUAGGAACGGCCGGUAUCGAAGACCCCGUUCGCCUUCCCUCGACGACGAUUCCCGCUUCACUACCGGGCCCAGCGGCGGUGAAGAUCCGCGGGCCAGCUCAGACGCUGCGCUGCAUGACGCUGUGCUCGCGCAAGCGCCCCAUCAACAGCAGCGCGUAAUCCCAACAAACGGUCGCAACGGAGGCCAACCCCGCGCCGCAGGCCCUCGUGCACCCCCAGCCGCCGCAAACGCCUCCCAGAACCGCCGCUCCCAGCCCCCGCCAGUCAACUCCCAGCUGCCGCCCUACAUGGGCGAGAACCCCGACGAAUGGAGCCCGUCAAAGGACGCGGCAGCAGCAGCGGCAGGUGCGGGCGGCUACUCCCGCCGCCGCACAGAGCGCCACGCCCGCCGCCAGUCAUCCACCGGAAGUCGCGCCCCGGGAGCCCCGGAUCCGCCGCAGAUGAGCGGCGGCGCGUCACCCCGCGAGCCGCCCGGAAGCCAGCAUUCUCCUAGAGAUAGACUUCCUUCUCAGCAAUUACAGCAACAGCAGCAGCAACAGCAUAUGCCCAACCCGGCGGGCGGUCUCCGCCCCCCGUCCCCGCCGGCUGUUAACGAGAGCGUCCUGAGCGACAUCAGCCGCGUCAACAGCCCCAGCAUCUCAAAGAGCGUUCUCGAGCCUCUCCAGCGCAAGAUGCUCGAGUACCACCGCCUCAUGGACGAAGCCCAGGGCCAAAUGGCGCAGUACGAUGAGGAGCUUAGUCUUCUGCAGGAGCGUCGGCGCCUAGCUGAGCAGCGCUUCGUUGAUGCAAAGGGGAAGCACGACGAGUAUGAGCGGCAGCACCUGGAUGUCGAGAGGGCUCUGCGCGGGGACUAUGCGCCGCCUCAGCAGCAGCACCAGCAGCAGAUGAUGCCGCAGCAGAGUCAGCAGCAGAUGUAUCAGAAUAGUCCGCCCCGGACGGUGCCGAGACCGGCGUCGAGUAUUAUGAGCUACGAUGAUCGGCCGAUGAGUGGGCACAGCUCGGGUCCAAAAAAGGGGAAGCUGAGGUUCAGUUUGUUUGGGAGGUAG